CCAGUUACAUUGGGGAAGCUCUAUAGCUCUAGUCUCCAUCCGCCAUUUUCAGCACAUUGGAAAGCAGGUAGACCAAACUACACAGUGCCGGUAAAAAAACAACAGAAUCCAUGAAAUAAGAAAAGUCUUAGGAGUCUCAAAUUCAAUCGAGUGUUAAAUCCUUGCCGCAGGCUGUAAUGGCUUUGCCUCAAGGAGCGUAUGAAACCUUGGAUGACAUCCCAGCCCAUGUGUGGAAAGGGCUGCCAAACAGCAUGAAACUGGGACCAUCAGCUGUUAACCCAAAUCGCAUUGGUGUAUGGGCAUCUAGAUUAAUACCUAAAGGCAAAAGGUUUGGACCAUUUGUUGGAGAACGAAAGAAGAGAUCUCAAGUGACAAGCAAUGUUUACAUGUGGGAGGUAUAUUUUCCAGCCUGGGGGUGGAUGUGUGUUGAUGCCACAGAUCCAAUGAAAGGAAACUGGUUGCGGUAUGUGAACUGGGCACGCUCUUCUCAAGAGCAAAACCUCUUUCCACUGGAAAUCAACAGAGCUAUUUACUACAAAGUGUUAAGGCCAAUCGGACCCGACGAAGAACUUCUAGUGUGGUACAAUGGGGAAGACAAUCCUGAGAUAGCAGCUGCAUUAGAGGAAGAAAGGACUAGCAACCUGAGCAAGAAGAGUUCACCUAGAGCAAAGCGAGCAAGGAGGAAGCUGUCGGAAAAAGCCAGACAGGCUGAUUUGGGUGGAUUCUGUGAACCGAAGAAAUUGAGUGCCGCUGAACCCUUAUUCACAGUGAUGCGGGACUCAGAGGAAGGGCUUAAUGAUGAGGAAAGACCAUCUUCACCUCCAGAGUUGGAACAGAUUGCAGUUUCCCAGUCAACUUCUAUAGAAAGUGAAAAUCCUGUCCUAUCUCACACAACAGAGAUGAACCAGAGGGAAGGAUUGGAUGAGGAACAUGUAAAGGUUGAUGGGCAACUGUUAAAUCAGUGCCCACAGCACCCCUCUGAGGCAGAAUCGGUUGAUGGGAAUGAAAAGUCUCUCCAGCAAUUACAUUCGGGUAAACCUGCAGAAGAAAGCUCUGAGAGUCCACUGUGUGAUACAGAGUGUAUAUCUUCUUUAGCGAAUGCUGAGUUGGAGGCAGAUGGGGAUUUUGAGGAAGACCCCCAGGGAGAAACGUACCCCUGUCAGCACUGCGAGCGUCAUUUCUCCACCAAACAGGGCCUGGAGCGCCACACUCAUAUUCACACUACUUCAAACCUUCAAACUCAUACGUUUAAGUGCCGGUACUGUGCCAAGCCGUUUGGCUCUCAAGUAGGCAGGCGCAGACAUGAACGUAGACAUGAGAAUGGGAGUAAAACUUUAAAUAGGCCUGGGGCACUCAGCGGAACAGCGUUCCUCCACAGUCCUACAAUGCCCAAUGAUUCUGCUACUUCUGGCAGUGCGUCCACUCCAAGCCAUGCGGUCGUUAUGAACACACAGAACGGUCCUCCUCAGCUAACCUCUGACUAUUUGAAAAAAGAGCCUGGUGUUGAAUCUGACCGGCCUUUUAUUUUAGAUGAGAAUGGGGAGUCAAAAGAGCUUCAUCCUUGCAAGUACUGUAAUAAGGCUUUUGGCACACACACCAACAUGCGCAGGCACCAGCGUAGAAUCCAUGAGCGGCAUCUAAUGCCUAAAGGUGUUCGCCGGAAAGGUAUACUCCUGCAGGACGGCUCCUCCCAACACCAGCACCAUGAACAAGGGCAGCCCGUUUUGCUCCAGGAAGAGUCACCAAGUGCCAGUCCACCACCCAUUUAUGUGCCCAGUGUGGAGACAGAGGAUGAGGGAGAGCGGGAAGAGUGUAUGGUUGAUAUCUCUAACAACAUUUCUGAAAAUCUCAGCCAUUACAUUGAUGGAAAAAUACCAUCUACAAGCACAGUGAGCAAUUGUGAGGUAAUCGAGGUUGAUUCAAGCACUGCAGCGUUGUUUGGCCUUGAUGCUCUUAUUUUGAGUCCCAAACAAAUAAGUCAUGCUCUUAAAGUUGAAACACAGACUUGUCCAGUGAAGGAAGUUUCAUGCAUGUCUCUGACAACUUCUAAAAGGCGAACUGCUACACCACCGCUGCUGCCUGCUGUGAAAGUGGAGGCUGAAACAGUGUCCUCCUCUUCCUCAUUGUCCUCCCCUUCCUCCCAGUCCUCUUUGUUGGUAGGAAACAUUUUCUCCCAGUCCACCGAAACGUUAGCUUUUCAAAAGGAGAAAACGGUUUAUCUCUCUCCGAAACUUAAACAACUACUACAGGCUCCGGAUGGUCAGAAAACAGCCAUAGGUCUAAUUACUGAUAAUAGAUUGACCACCCCACUUUCCGUAACUUCACUGCCUGCUGUCCAAGGUAGGUUUAAAAGAAGAACCGCCUCCCCUCCCACAGCUUCACAGAGUAGCCCACCACAAAGAAAUGACAACAUGAGCUCUGUGGUUUCAUGUUCUCUAAAGGUGCCAAAGAUUGAGAGCCACUGCAUGACUCAUUCUUGGAGUUUGUCCAGCAGUGAUCAUGGGGACACUGAAAGUUCCCUGACAGGAAAAGACUGGUCUCCUUCAAGAAGUGGUGGGAAUUCUUGCAAUCAGCAGCCGCUUGACCUUUCAAGUUCUUACAGUAAAAGAGACAAUAGUGUAAGCAGAGGAUCUGGAGAGGCUGUGCUUGACUUAAGUAUGAACCGUAAAAGUCCUGUUGACCAUGAAGUAAAGACAUGCUCAGCCACACUACCACCUCAUGUGAAGAGGAAAAAACCUAAUACCAGCAUUUUAGAAAAAGUGUUAAUGAACGAGUAUGCUGGCCUAAACUCACCUGGAGAAGAAGGAUCCAACACUCUUGGAAGUCCUGACGCCCUUUCGUCUUCUGAGAGUGCCACGUGUGUAGCCCCUUCUAGUCCUGGAUCAGGAUCAGAGCACCUUCCUUGUGAAUCAACCUCUCCUCCCUCCCUGACCCCUAUGACUAUUAAUCCAUCCUCUCCAUCCUCCUCUAGUAUAGCUUCAUCUACUCCCCCUCCUCCAGUCUUACCCACUAUCCCAUCUCCUCCGCCUCUAUCUUCGCAGCAUUUUCACAUGUCAGACACCUCAUCACCCACCCCUUUUCCAGUGUUGUCCCCUAAAAUGUCCCCAAAAGCAGUUGAUGGAUUCGAGGAAGUGUCUGAUUCAUCUGCAUUAACAGAAUCAUACCAUGAAACAUUAAAUUCCAAUAAUGAAUCAGACCAAACUGCUGAGCAAUUAGACCGUGUGAUUUCUCCACUGCCUCAGGAUGCAAAAAGACAUUGUACAGCAGAUUCAUCUUCAAAGUCAGAAACACUACUUGAGGGCUCAACCCAUGAUUCUAAGCCUCAGUUUUUAAGAAAUGCAGACCAAGCAGAUUCUUCUCACCUAGAGUGGGAUACUGCUUCUGAAACCAGCCAAAGCCAUUCCUUUGAAGGAACUUUCCCCCAAGACCUCAAUAUUAAAGCAGAAGAUAGACACAAAUCAGAGCCUUCUCUUUCUACAGUACAAUCAACUACUAAUGAAUCUUCACCAAACCUCCUCAGUGAAUUGUGUUCUCCACAAAAGAGUUCAGAGGUCGAUAACAACUUACCUGAAGAGGAUAAAGGGAAAAAAGAGGAGCCGGUUGAUAUAACAAAUGGAGGUGACACUUCACCUGGGACUCCAGUCAAAAAUUGUGACGUUGAAACACCAGAGCGCGAGAAUUUUGUCAAGAGUUUUGUGUGUAACGUCUGCAAAGAGCCAUUUCGCUCCAUCAAAGACCUUAGUGGCCAUAUAAUAGAGCAUGCGUCAGAGUGGCCUUUUAAGUGCGAGUUUUGCGUUCAGUUAUUUGGCAAUGCCACCGCACUCCUCGAGCACCGCUCCUCUCUCCAUGGGGUGGGAAGAAUUUAUGUUUGCUCCAUUUGCUCAAAGGAGUUUGCCUUCCUCUGCAAUCUCCAGCAACAUCAAAGUGACCUACAUCCAAGUCAGAAUUGCAGUCACACUGCCGUUGAAAACGGGAAGCUCAGACCUCAGAACUACACGGAUCCUGCUUACACAAAUGUGGAGAAAGAUUCUUUUGAUGCUGAGGAUUCUUUGGAGGAGCAUAACAAUGACACUAAUAAGGUGGAAGGAGAGGAAAAUGGCCAUGAGGACCCUACAGAAGAACUAUACACUACAAUAAAGAUUAUGGCAUCUGAGGCUGGUAAACCGAAAGGUCCAGAUGUGCGGCUUGGCAUUAAUCAACACUACCCCAGCUUUAAGCCUCCACCUUUCCCGUACCACAACAGAACACCUGAUGGCUCUGUUGCCUCCGCCACUAAUUUUACCACACACAACAUCCCCCAAACAUUUAGCACUGCGAUCCGGUGUACCAAAUGCGGAAACAGCUUUGACAACAUGCCAGAGCUACAUAAACACAUAUUAGUUUGUGCUAAUGCUAGUGAUAAGAGACGCUACACCCCUAAGAAGAAUCCCAUUCCUCUCAAACAAGUUGUGAAACAAUCUCCAAAUGGUCUUUCCACCACUGGAGCUUCUACUGGGCAGAAUGCCUUUCGCAGAAUGGGUCAACCAAAAAGGCUCAACUUUAACCAAGAUAUAACCUCUAAAGCAAAGUUAUCAGCCCUCAAUAAAAAGAAAAACCAGCUUGUCCAGAAAGCCAUAUCUCAGAAGAACAAGUCUGCUGCCUCUGCAAAGAAACCGCCAACCCGGGUAAAAGAAGAGGAGACUCAUGAGGUCCAUGCAUGCCCAUACUGUAAUCGAGAGUUCACAUACCCAGCCAGCCUCGCUAAACACGUUGCUUGCAGUUGUCCACAAAGACCUGUUGCCAAGAAAUUGAAAAAAGGUGCACUGAUGCCUCAAGACAAAAACAGGAGCCUCCGGAGUCGAGCCAAUGAGUCUGAAGUCAAACAAGAGGCAGGUUCUGGAUCAAGCGCAAAGCCUUUAGGGAAAACCAGAGCCCGGAGCUCUGAGCCAAUUGAGAAUGAAGCUCUACUAGUAAUUAAAGGAAAAGAACCUCUGGUACGUUCAAAGAGGCCAGCCUUGAACAUGGACAACACUGCCCCACAAACUAAGAAAGGCAAAAAGAACAAUGAGCCACUGACUUCCAUAGCUCCUGCAGUUCCUGAUGACUCUUCAACACAUCCACCUUCUAAGAUGCAGCGUGGAUCUAAAGAGGUUGUUGUCAAGAAGCAAGUUGUUAUCAAGAAGGAGGUUGUUGUCAAGAAGGAUGUUGUUGUGAAAACGCAUCAGUCUAAAAAGGAGGAGCGUUUUUCAGCAAGGACGCGGGAGAGAAAAGGUGGGCCGGUGACACGCAGCGUACAGAUUGCUAGUGCUUCAGCUCCUUUGGAAGUGAAGACUGAAGACCUCUCAAACCAUGAACCAGAGCAGCCUGAGGAGUCUCAAUUGAAGUUAGCCAGGUAGAACUCCACAUUCUCUAAACGAUUGCUUGAGUCAAUGACUGGAAGGGGAACUUCUUUCAACUGAAUUGGAUUACCUUGAUCAUAGCCUUGAAGGUUCAGGGGAACCAGGAGUUAUCUAUCUGCUCAUCUUUUGUGUUAGCCCAUCGGAAGUAUCUUCUCUGUGCACUUUUCUAAAUAAUCCUUUGGAUGUCUUACCCCCACCCCAGAUGGACUGAAGAGUAUGAUAAAUAAAUAAAUCUCAAUCAACCAUAAUAUUACUUAUGUAAUAUUUAUAAAUAUUGACCUUCUGGUUUUAAGAUAUUGCAAGAGGCAAUCAUUCAACAGUUUCUCUUUGGCCGAUUGACCAUGUUUAAUCUGUGAGCUUUUCGGAUUCAGCAGUCUUCUAAUGCAUGUACUUUUGUAUACAGUUUGAUUGGACUGAUCCUUUCUUCAUGUCUGUACUCCAUUUUGCCCUGCUCCUCUUUUACUGAGAGAAAUUAUUUGAAGAAGAGUAUAUAUAUGUAUAUUUAAGUAAAUGUAAUCCUCCACAGGGAAUGUUUAUCAUACUGAGGCUCUCCUAAUCUGUGAGGCUUUUUUUUGUUUUUACUUUGUUGAUGUUUUUGUUUAUUUUGACACCGUUAAUGAAAUGAGCUGUUUGAUACAGUCAGAGUGAGCUGGAGAGAACGGUUUGCUGUAUGUAAAAGUUGUUCGACCUUCACCUGAACCAGCCAAAACCAUAAGCCGUUUUAUUCUUUUCUUUCUCUGUUUUUUUUUCUACAGAUUCUACAGCAGGGCUGCUGGCCAUUAAAAUUACACUAAAACUUCAACUGGGAAUGACGAACUGUCUUCUGCACUUGCAUUAGAUCAAUUAAAAGUUGUAAGUGCCAUUAUUACAACCCAAAUUAUGUAAUUGCCUAUUACAUACAUAUUGCAUAUUAGUGAUCUGGUAAAUCAGGUUGCUUGUUUCUAUGAAAAGCACUUUAUUUAGGCUAAUUUGCCUUUAAUGGAUAUCUCAAAGUUUGAGGUAAUUUUACAAUAUGUGAUGACACCUGCUUGAAAACUUAAAACACCUUUAAUUUUCACUGGUAUGUUUAUGCGCAUGUAUGUCACACCCUUAGUCAACCUCAGAAAUUUGCUUCCAGUUUAUUAAGACCUAGUUAAUGUCGCAUUAUUAGUAUGAUUAGCCGUUAUUGCCAUGACGCCAUCACAAGCACUCAGACUUUUUGGUAACCAAGCAUUACACAAAUGUUUUGUUUUUUAUUGUUUCUCAUUUUAUAAAAUGGAUAAGUCCUCUGCUUUAAUAUAACAUCAACUGCACUUAAUUCUUAGUGGUCUACCUCCUGGCAAGCUUUGAACUGAUGCAUUUUCUGCUUUUGGACAGAGCAAUCCCUCUCACUCCUAAGCUUGUCUCUGGCAUGUCAUUUUCACUCUACAACCUGGACAAUGAGGACAGGUAUCUAAACAAGAUCUGAAUGCUUGAAAUGUUUUUUCAAGCAAGGAACUUGAAACAAUUAUUUCCAUCUUGCAGUAUGUCUGCUGUCCUGCAUUGAUAUAUUUUUGGGAAUGAAAUGUUGGCAGUGUUUUGUGAUUAUAAAUAAUAACCUUCACAAAUGUAAAAUGCAUCGUCUUAAUUGAUAUAUUAGCAUUUAGUUUGCUUCAGUGAUACUUCUGAAUGUAUACAGAGAUAAGGUACCUGUCAAAUUACUUUUUCACAAAUGUCUUUUCAAUCUUUAGUUUUGAUCAUAUGCAUAUCACUAUUCAUUGACUGCAUUGCUUACUGACUUGCAUUACCUAUUUCUGUUAGUACGCAAUCACAUUCAGUUUCUUUUUGUCCAUGUCCGAUAUCAGUACGUUUUCUUUAAAUCGCCUGGCUUGUGAAAUUGAACCUGUCUUCUUAAUCGAGA